AUGUCAAAUUCCAAUACUCGUCUAAUUGAAAAUCUCAACAAUGCGACAUUUUGGAUUAACCGAAUAAGUCCAAUGCUUUCGAUUAUAUUUGGAACAUUUGGAAAUGUUUUCAAUAUUAUCAUAUUUACUCGUCGUUCAUUACGUAAUAAUCCAUGUUCAAUAUAUUUUUUAGCAGGUUCAAUUGCAAAUUUUUUUGUUAUCUAUGUAGCUUUAUUAACACGUUAUCUUGCAACUAGUUGGAAUUGGGAUCCAACAGCGACAAAUAUGGCUUGGUGUAAAAUACGUUAUUUUCUUAUAUAUCCUGCACUUAGUUUAGUUCUUUGGUUUAUUGUACUUGCUAGUAUUGAUCGAUACUUUUCAAGUUCACAUAAUAUACGACGUCGUCAAUUAAGUACUGUAGUAAUAGCACGAAAGAAUAUUAUCUAUACAACUGUAUUUAUGUUUUUAAUUAAUAUACAUUCUUUAAUAUUUGCUAGAUCUGUAGUAAUCAAUAAUGUAUCUAGUUGUACUAUUCUACCAAAUGAUUAUUUAGUUUUCUUUAAUCUUUUUGUUCCUAUUAUUUCUUGUAUAUUACCACUUAUAUUAAUGGGUAUUUUUGGAAUUUUAACAAUUCUUAAUGUUCGUACAGUUCGUAAUCGUAUUGAUCCACAACAGAAUAAUAAUAGAAAUGAACGUUUACGUUCAAAUGAUCGUCAAUUAAUAAUAAUGCUUUUAUCUCAAAUAACAAUUAUUUUUAUAAUUGUAGCACCUUGGUCUAUUAUUAAUAUGUACAGUGCAAUUGGUACAGUUAUAUUUAAUGUUCAAUUUUCUACAAAUGGACAAGCUAUUUAUAAUUUUUCAUUCAAUCUUUUUCGAAUGUUAUAUUAUAUUAAUCCAGUUGUUGGAUUCUAUAUUUAUACUCUUUCAGGUCAUAGAUUUCGUGUAGAAAUAAAACAUUGUCUUCAACAUGGAUUAAAAUUUAUUUUAACAACAACUGGUCUAAUACAAAAUCAAAAUCAAAUGAAUAAUAAUAUUAUUACUUCAUUCACACUUCGAACAGGAAGAAAUACUGUUCAUCCUGAUCAACAUCAAAGACAAAUCAAUAGAACAUCAAUUGUAUAA